CCGAUCCACUGGAAAGCUUAAUUAACGUUCGACUCAACAAAAUAUCACACUCUGACUUUAAAGUUAGCGUUAACGCUAUCAGUCACCUCAAAUAGUUGGAACACCGUCCGCUUACUUUACUGUGUGUUAUUUUGAAAGUUAUGACAGGAAAUGUGGUGCUGUAUUCUCGCUAGCUUGUGUAGCUUCCAAAGCACACUGUGCUAGCUAGCUAGUACUGUGCUGCUGCUGCUGCCUCCUGCCUGUGGUGGACUGCCUCUUCAGCUGCUACUGCCGCUGCUGGGGACUGUGUCGCACAUUUCCCAUAUAUCUGUCGUUUGUCAGCACCUAGUUGCCUUUGGACAAGGACGGUGAGACGUCCAGCUUUGACUGUAAGAACGAAUGUGCCCGAGAGUCUGACACAAGUCUGUUCAAUGGCUACCUCAGGCCCCACCUCUUCUGCCUCCAUCACUGCCACUGUGCCUGAGGGUUUCCAUUAUGAAACCAAGUACAUUGUGCUCAACUAUCUGGGAAUGCUGCCUGUUAAUAGAUCACAGGCACUAACCCCAGCUCAAGGGAGAGAAACAUCCGACUUGGAAGGACAUGACCAGAAUGAGAGAGAAAGGAGCACAAUAGUAAAAGCGCAUGAGGAGGAGAUGAGACAACUGGACGUUGAAAUCGCUGCUUCCUUUUCCACAACAGGCUUUGACCGGCACACUUCGCUGGUGUUUAAUCCGGCCAUCCCAGAAACCUCGAUUGAAGACUGCCUUGUUGCAAUGGGAGACCGGCUGGCCGCGGAGCUUGACACACACCUGGCAGCAGCCGUGUACACACUCCUCGCAGGGCCUCUGGACUACCAGAGUUUCAGAGACGCAACACGGGAUCUCUCAACACACACACAGGGAGGCUGGAGCAAUGUGCUAGUACCUUUGGUGCUGCUCCAGGCUCUACAAAGCGAGGGCCAGUCACUGACAACUCUGUUGCAUCUGGGGGUGCGCUACCUAGAGGAGGAUGAAGCUGGCUACAUCAUCCAGCAAGGGGGAUGGGGUGAAAUAUUCAGCCUCGAGCCAGAGGAGGAGCGCGGUGUGACCAUUGCUGAAGACAGCAACGACAUUUACAUCCUCCCUGACCAGCUCAGCCCCCCCUCCUCGCUGCUCUGCACUGGAGACAACAACAGCAGUGAGCAGAGCUCCUGGCAGACCGAAAGCUUACCCGUGUCUCUGGCCGGCCACGAGUCUUGGGCACAGGUUGGUGCGAUGGACCCCGAAGACGUCAAGAGCCUGGACAGCAAUGAGGGCGUGGCCCUGGCCGAGGAGCGCAGCGAAAACAACUCCUCGAACUCGGACAUUGUCCACGUUGAGCGCGAAGAUGCUGAGCUGCUGGAGGAAGGAGGGGAAGUCGGAGCAAUAGAGGAAAGCAUGAUGAGUGUUUUAGGCACAGAGAGCGAGCUAGCCGAGCUUAGGGAAGAAUUCAGGGACCAGUCUCCACCUGUUCCAGUGUCAGCCGAGGCAGACUCCACAGCCCCGGCCUCCCUGCUUUCACUAGAGGAGCCAGUUGUAAUAGAGACGCCUGCAAGCUUGUCGGCGGAGCCUUCCCUCCUCUCCUUAGAACCCGAGCUGCCUCCCCCGGUCCCUGAAGCUGCUGCUCCCCCUCCUUCUGAGCCAGAACCUGCAGCACCUUUAUCUGUUCCUGCAGUUGAACCAGAGCCUGAGCCAGAACCAGAACCAGCUUCCCCCACCGCCCCAGUGCCUGCUGAGGUGGCACCACCAUCUCUAGCCAAGGAAACCCCGGCAGAUCCUGAAGCCACCUCAGAACCAGCUCCUGAACCAGAACAGGAGCCGGAGCCCGUCACAGUGCCUCCCGAGCCAGAGACUGUGGCAGAGCCAGAGGCCCCGUCUGCUGCAGCCCUUGUCCUAGAGGCUGCAGUGGCCCCUGUAGAAUCCCCGGCUGAGGAGCCCCCAGUGCAGCCGAAGCCAGAACCAGAGCUCCCAGUGCUGCUUUAUGGAGGUGCUGCACUGGUGGUCCUCGCUGCUGUAAUGGCAUACGGUGCCGUAAACUACAGGAGGCAUUAGAAAAUCUUUCUCAGGGGGGAGGAGAAUGCAAAUUACAAGAUGUUAAGGUAGGAAUAAAUGUAUUGUGUUGGAUUUAUUAAACAAGGCUGUUUUUUGCAAUGCUUCUGAAGGUUUCAAAUCUGUGAAAAAGCCCCCCAGCAAACCAAAAUCUCCCCUUGGCUCAUCCACAACCUUACUGCUGGGAGUCCUGGCUGCUCCACUGCACCAGGAGCAAACACUCCACUGGUCCCUUUAUUUUUGAUUUUGCUCUCUUACCUUUUUGGGUUAACUCACACUUUUGUGUUGAAAUUCUCAAGACUCCAGCCCUUUGUCCCUUAGAUUGGAAAGUUUGUGGACUUUUAUCCCUCUUCUGCCAGUUUCACUUUCUGUUGUCUCUGGCUCACUGUUAGGAUUGUUUUGUAUCAUUUUUGAGUCCGCUUAUCUACAUGGAAAAUUUUGCUGACGACACUCCUUAGCUAAGUAAACCUCAAAGCUCACUCUACUGUUGUUGUGGGACUCAAGGUUUUCUAGCUUUCUCUCUUUCUAUGCAGCAAAGUGGCAUUUACUUAGAUUUCCCCCUCUAACUGUGAUGAGUUAUUCCGAUUCUUUCUCUGAGUAGCAAACCAAAUGUAUGAUGCCGGUAUGGA